AUGGCCCCGGCCGUAGGUUCAGAGCCGGCCUCAGCACUUAGAAAGUGGGCUGCAUCGGACGGGCGUGAGGUGGAGGUGGAGGGGAAGACACAGCGCCCCUUCCUCCCGCCUCGUCCGCAGAGGCCCAGAGCCACCACGGAGGCCUGCGGAGGCCGCGCAGCCUGGUCCCGCACCCCGCAGACCUCGCUGGGGCGUCUGCAGCCGCCGAGGCCCCAGGCUCGGCACCACUGUGGCUGGUGCUGUGGGCUGGGGACCCCCAAACUGCUCCCCACAGGGAACGGCCCAUACACCGCCGUGUGCUUUGAAAAUGAAGACGAUGUCGACAGCGCCCACAUCCUUAGAGCAGAAAAACAACUAAAGGGAAAAAACUCCUACAGAAAAAAUACUUCAGAGUUAAAAGGAAAAAGCACCAUGGAGCGAUUAUUUCCAGAAGAGGAGACCGAGGCAGAGACACGGGAGUCCCCCGAGGCCCAGCUGCCUGCACACACUGUGGACCCGGCCAGUGUUGGCUCUGCUCGCACCCUGGGUGUUGUCCUGGGAGAAGAUGGCGGGGCGGGGUUCAUCCCGGCACCCAAGGCAGUUGCGGCGCGCCUGGCCGCGCCGGCCCUCUGCCCGGUGCUUGCCCAACCCAGCCCUCUUGCAACACCAGCCCUGGGCAGCUGCCGCUCCCUAACGGAUCCCCGAGCCCGGCCCUGGCCACGGCGGGGACGCGGCUCUCAUUGGCCGGGCCGGCCCCAGGGCCCUGGCCGUUUCUCUGAUCCUAUCGCCCAGGUUCUCUGGGUGGCCUGUCCUGCCCUAUCGGGCGGGCCGGGCGUCCUGUCUCCGUUCUCCCCGUUGCCUCAUGGCCGCAGCUGGGACCUCCGCGUGGGGACGGGGUUGAUCCCGCCGAGAUACCAGACCCGGCCUCCCACGCGGGCGCUGGCCCCAGGCCCCUGCCGACCCCGGGCCGUCCGCGGGGCCCCUGCGGCUCUCCAGACAUGGCCGGCUGUCCUGUCAGUGUCCCUACGGCCGCCCUGCAUGGACCUGGACGACAGCGAGUCUCCAGCUGGGAGUGGGGAGGGCUUGUCCCCAAAUACAGCAUGGGACGGGCAGGGGGACGCGGCGGGGGAGGGACGGGCGGGUGCAGGGAGGCCUGACUCGCUGACCCUGCGGGACGCGGACCCGGCGGCCUUCCGGGUGCACGUGGGGGACGUGUACCUGUACGGGGGCCAGCAGCUGCUGGCCGUGAGCAAGAUCGUCGUCCACCAGGACUACGUGCACUGGAUGCUGGGCUCGGACGUGGCGCUGCUGCGGCUGGCGGAGCCCGCGCACUGCUCGGCCGACGUCAAGCCCGUCAGACUGCCGUCCGCCUCCCUGGACGCCGCCUCGCUGGACCAGUGCUGGGUGACGGGCUGGGGCGCCGUCAGCCUGUUUUCCUCGCUGCCGCCGCCCUACCGCCUGCAGGAGGCCAAGCUGCGGGUGGUGAGCAACGCCGUCUGCGAGGAGAAGUUCCACAACGCCACCUGGCACCGCUUCCGAGGCCGCAGGUUCAUCCAGGGGGACAUGCUGUGUGCCGGCGGCUUCGGCCGCGGCUCCUGCUACGGCGACUCGGGAGGGCCCCUGGUCUGCAAGGUGUCGGGCGCCUGGACGCUGCUGGGCGUGGUCAGCUGGGGCUACGGCUGCGCCCUGAUCGACGUGCCCGGCGUCUACGCCCGCGUCCAGACCUUCGUGCCCUGGGUCCUGAAGCAGGUGCAGAGGUUCUCCUGAGCCCAGCCGGGGCGCGGGGCACGGCUGCCCGCUCCCGCACCGCCGAGCUCCGCCUGGACCCCCGAGCCCGGCCCCCUCUGGCCUGCGGGAGCCUGGACUGCUCUGACCGGGAGAUGGGGGGCGGCGAGGCCCCCCGCUGACCGGCCGCCUGCUGGGGAAGGUCCUGGGGGCGGGGCGGG